GCUCACACAAUGAGGCUCUGUGUGCAGCAGCUCUGCCGGAGCCCCCGCGUACCGCUCGCACAAAUGAUUGUCAAUGGACUAUUUGAGACGGACCUCAGUCGCUUCUCGCAGCGGCUUUCCCUCCCUGCCGGAAUCUUUCUUUUUUCGGGGGGGAAACUUGUUCGCGACUGGAUUCCAGACGUGAAUGUAGAAAACGAAGAAGGACUACAUUUCCACCCAGAACGCCGCGAGUGCUGAAGUUUUAGAGGGUUUUGAAGUGGGAUUUACGGAUUCUUUGGUUUUGGAGAAGAUUGGCUCCUUUCUCGUUGGUAGUCGAUGGACUUUGCCUGUUGAGAUUAGGCAGGAAUUGAACGUAACCGGGAAUGCGGGCGUUCCAUCGAAGAAACUGGAGUUGUGCGUGCCAUGGUUUUGAAUCAUCGGAGGCUUUCACAAUGACUAUAACCAGAUUAUCUUUGUCGAGGUAGGAUUAAGAUAGAUGCGGGUUUUCAUGACUCGAUCCUUAUUACGCGUAUUUUAAAUCAUUUUGACCUUAUUUUUAGUGGACUUCUAGUUUAUUUGUUUUAUAACCAAAAUUCUCAAUUGUUGAGGAAAACAUAUAUUGUUUUGUUCUUGUGCAGAUUUUAGUACUUUAACUUUGUCCGCGUGACCAAAGUCCUGGUCCAUGCCCGUUCUGUGGUCCAUCAGAAGCUCAGUGGACCUCAGGUUGAACAAACUUGUGAGGGACUUGUGGGCAUGGGGGAGGCCACCCCUGCUCAGUCUACCACAGGGACCUUCGUACCCAUGUUAGGUUUGGGGGCGAUGCCCACUGGGGUCACCAACGGGCCGGUGGUGGCCCCCUCCAGGGGACCCGUGGGGCCACCCCCGCUGCACAACGCCAUCGUGGAGCGCCUGCGAGCCCGCAUCGAGCUGUGCAGGAGACACCACUCCAACUGCGAGAACCGCUAUCAGAGGGGCCAGGCGGAGAGCUCCGACCGCGAGCACGAGAGCACGCUCCACCUGCUCAACAUCGUUCACCAGGGGCCCGGGACCCGCAAGACCAAGGGCAGCCGGGCAUCGAACCAGCAACCCCCAGAGUACAGCAGGGCCAUUGGGGAUCAGAAGAGCGCCGAGGGGGAGCAGAGGAUCUCCACACGCAUAGCGCUCCAAGGCUCUCUGCGCAGGAAGAUUGAGGGAAACGCCCCCGGACAGCCUCCAAAGCAGAACGGACUCUCCUGUGGUUUCUCCGGGUCGGACUUUAAGCGGAUUCGCAUGGACGCCGGUGUUCUGGAGCACGUCACCUGCAGCCCCAACCUCACCCAGUCCCACCCUCUGCAAAGGUCCGCAGGCGGCGGCAUGCACAGGAAAAACUACAUGAUGCCUCCCGGAUUGGGGUCGGAUAUAAUCAAUAUGACUCUAAAGGAAAUGAAAACGGAGCCCGUGGAGGCCCAGUCCUGCAGCCAGUCCAUCUUUGAAUUCAAGGAUGAAGGCUGUGGUCAGAUUGACCCAGAACUCCAGGAUCUUUUUGAUGAGCUGACAAAGUCGGUGCCCCCGCUGAACGAUUUUGAACUUGAGAAGAUGCUGAAACAGGACGAUACGUUUGGUUUGGAUCUGGGUCGGCCGAGCUCCGCCGGAGCAGCUGCCAGCCUGUGUUCCCCGAUAGAGAAGCAGAUAAAGACGGAGAACUCUCCGGACUUUGGACCGUCCCACUGUGGCUCUCCGCAGCUUAGACCAGCCUCGGCAGGUCCGUCGUUCACGCUGACCAGCACCUCCUCCACCAACUCCUUGCAGAAGACAAACAACCAGGCGGGACACCCCAGAACCCUGCCGUGCUGGCCAGAAAUAUCCCACGCGCAGCAGCUCAAGCAGAUGGCGGCCAACCAGCAGCAGCAGCAGCCAAGUUCUCUCCUUCAUCACCAUCACCAAACCCCAAAUGUGGGAAUGUCCAGCUGGGCUCCAGCCAUGAACUCCUCCACCAGCACCUUUCCCCAGGGGAAGACCUCCACCUCAGCGCCACUCAGCCAGCAAAGGGUUGACCCCCAUAAUAAGGAGAUCAGCAACUGCCUCUUCAAAUCCAACGGCCACGCUGGCGCCCACCAACUGGACAUGAAGUGUCCCAGCACCAAACCCACACUGCACUUCAGCCCGAAAACAACCCAUUCCGCCAACCAGCCGGUCAUGUCCAUCAUGACAAGUCCAGCGGGUAAACCCGAGCAGCAGUCUCCGUCACCGAGUCCCAACCAGCCGCAUGCUGGUCUGCACUUCCAAGGCCAGCAGAUCUCCACGCCGGGGUCCCUCUGUCUGCAGCCCAAGUCAAGUCCUGCUGGACUGCCGUUCAGGCUGUCCCAGCCGCAGCAGGGAGUUCCUACUGGUCCUAACGGAAACUUGGGAGUCUUGACAGCCCAAUCCCAGUUGCGACACGCGGCGCCCAACAACCAGCAGAAGGGUCCGGCCGAAAACCAGACAGUUCCCAGACAGCUGAGCCAGCAGCAGCAGCAGCAGCAGCAGCACUCCAUCGGCAGUGCAGAUAAAGACAACGCCUGUGAUCAGUUCAGCCGCCAUCUAACGAGACCCCCACCGGAUUACAAGCAGUCCAGAGGCUUGGUGGGAGUUCAGCCAGGAAGCAUCUUCACAGGGCAAAGCUCCUCCCAGCCUCCAGGCGAGAACAGCUUACAGUCGCUGUCCUGUCACCUUCGAAACGUCUCCACAGCAAAGAUGGGCGGACCGAUGGCGGCAGACUGUCCGCCCUCCUCCUGCGUCAACCAGUUCCAGCACAGCAUCCACAACCGCGUCGGACUGAACCAAAGCAGGCCCAGGUUCCUGGGUCCCAACCCUCCGGGAAAGUCGUUCAGGAUGAACAGCGCGGCGGGUGUUCAGCACCAGAGGGCAACGGCGGACCUGCAUUCCUCCGGAGGCGCCGGACAGGGCCUGAUGACGAACGCCACCAUUGGUUGGGGUUCUGCCAACAAGCAAGUGACCGCUGGACUCGGUCUCAGGUGUCUCCCCACGCCGCAAGGUGUGCAGGACAUGCCAAACCACCCGUACGCGCAGAGGCACGUGGGCCCUCCCAACCAGGUGGCGCCAGACCUGGGCAUGCUCCCGCUGAACCCCUCAGUGAGGGAGACGGCCCCCAGGUCCCACCCAGCCAUAAUGAGCUCACCGUCUCCUGUGGGGAACCUGAACCAGGUGUCACCCGAGCAGAGGGUACCGGCAGGUAACUUCCAGGAGUCCAGUCCGAGCUCCAACGGUUACCAAAGCAGCAGACCGAACCGUCUGACGUUUGACUUUCUCCCCGAGGGAGACAACACGGUCCCCGGCAUCAACGCCGACUCCGACUUCAUCGACGCUCUGCUGAAAUCUGGUUCUGGAAACGACGACUGGAUGAAAGACAUAAACCUGGAUGAGAUCUUGGGAGGUCACUCCUGAAUUUAGGUCUCCCUAUGAUUUAAAAAAAGAAAUUCAUGUUAAAGGGAUAACAUUUGUAAAUAAUAUUCAAAUCAAAAGUUUGUUACUUGGAAUCCUUUGUCUUGUAUUUACUGUGAAAAGCUGUGGGGCGGUCGUCUGUCCGCUCAUUCCUUCCCAGCGGUUUCCUUUGCCGUCUCUCGUUUUCACGGAUCCCACUGAAGGCUGCAGAUCCACAAGAGUUAAAAAAAUCAAAUCAAAUCAAAACGCUCGAUUUCCACUGUGAAAACAUGUAUGAAUUACCUGAAGAUCACGCCGCUUUACCUUUAUGCCUCCGUCAGCAUGAAGUGAUCUUUACCGAUGCUUCCUCCUUGUUCCAUCUGUGGUAUUUCUAACGCAGUUUCAAUUAUGUAACCAUUAUUUUUUUUCCUCAAGUGAUAUUUAAUAAUAUUUGGAAUAGCAAUUAGACAUUAUAAUACAUGUAAUUAAUAAAAAUGUAUUUGAAAAAG